CAAGAUGAAGCUCUCCAUCUACGUUCCUCUUGCUACAUUCCUGGCCUUCUUCGCCGUUGCCGAACGAACAGACGAUUCUCCCAGCGUUUGCCUUAACACCUGCCUGAACGAGGCCGCUUUGGUGGCUGGCUGCUCCUCACAGUGGGAUCACACUUGUACCUGCCCGAGUAAACCCUUCAUGGAUACGCUUGGAACGUGCUUGACAGAUUCAUGUACAGACGAUGACUUGACAAUGGCGAAAAAACUACACCAAGAGCGCUGUAACAACAACAAUGAUUCCGAUGCUUAG